GGGCUUUAUUACAAUAGUCCCUGUAUUUAAAAGUAUAAUUCAUUGUCAUGGCAUCUCUCUUUAAGAAGAAGACUGUUGACGAUAUAAUCAAAGACCAGACAAAGGAGCUGAGAGGCACGCAAAGACAAAUCAGCAGAGACCGUGCAGCUCUGGAAAGACAAGAGAAGCAAAUGGAAAUGGAAAUCAAGAAAAUGGCCAAGACUGGAAACAGAGAUGCCUGCAAGAUCCUGGCUAAGCAGUUGGUUGAGCUAAGGAAGCAAAAGAACCGAACCUAUGCUGUGAGCUCCAAGGUGACCUCCAUGUCCACACAGACCAAGGUCAUGAACUCUCAGAUAAAGAUGGCUGGAGCUAUGUCCACCACGGCCAAGACUAUGCAGGCUGUCAAUAAAAGAAUGGAUCCGAAAAAGACUUUGCACACGAUGCAGGACUUUCAGAAAGAAAACCUAAAAAUGGGGAUGAGUGAAGAUAUGCUAAAUGAUACAUUGGAUGAAAUCUUCAAUGAGUCGGGUGAUGAAGAGGAAUCUCAAGACAUUGUAAACCAGGUGCUAGAUGAGAUUGGCAUUGAAAUCUCUGGAAAGAUGGCAAGAGCCCCUUCAGCUGGAAAGAGUCUGGCCAGUACAUCAAAGAACAAAAGAGCCACCAUUUCAGAUGAGGACAUUGAGAGGCAGCUAAAAGCUCUCGGAAUGGAUUAAACUUUGCACUCCGUACCUGUGCUCUCAACACCAACGAAGGGCUUCUCCUCAAGCACACACACUUUGCCUUUACUGUAUGGUGAAACAGCGGACCAUUAGUACUUAACUGUACAGAUCUACAGAGCACAGGGUUGAGGCUGAGUGA